UUACUUGGCGGCCCGGACAAAGGACUGAUAGGGCGGCGCGGGCGCAUUCGACGCCGCGUAGUGGAGGCGCGCGCACGCGGGUUGCUUCGCGAAAAUGAUGCUUGCGGGCGCGGAGAUCGUUACGGAGGACGCGGGCGCGAUGCCCAUGGUCCCAGCUGGUCCUUCGGGCUCCCAGGCCUCAGAGGCCCCACAGGCCCCACAGGCCAAAGUGCAAGUGCAGGACGUCGGCCCGGCCCCCACCAGGGAUCCGGUAGACUUACACUUCUCCAACAUCACUUGCACCGUCAAUUUAGGAUUCAAUAAGGGGUCCAAACAGAUCCUGCAUGGCGUCCACGGCAGGCUGCGGCCGCGGCAGCUCAUCGCCAUCAUGGGCCCCUCAGGAGCCGGCAAGUCCACACUCCUGGACGUGCUGUCGGGAUACCGCAUCUCCGGAGUUGGAGGAGCGGUCUUCGUCAACGGGAGGGGAAGAAUCAUGAAAAACUUCAAGAAGAUGUCGUGCUACAUCCAGCAAGACGAUCGCUUGCAGGGUCUGUUAACAGUCGGAGAGAACAUGGCGCUGGCAGCCGACCUCAAGCUGCCCACCACCAUGGACAAAUAUGGAAAGGGGGAGAUCAUAGAAGACAUCCUAACAAACUUGGGCUUGUACGAGCACAUCAACACUCGAGGAGCCCAGCUGUCAGGGGGACAGAAGAAACGACUCUCCAUUGCCUUGGAGCUGAUCAACAAUCCACUAGUCAUGUUCCUUGAUGAACCUACCACAGGGUUGGAUAGUUCAUCGUGCUCACAAGUAGUCCAACUAUGCCGAAACUUGGCUCACCAGGGUCGAACCAUCGUCUGCACCGUCCACCAGCCUUCAGCGUCUUUGUUCGCGCUCUUUGACCAUGUCUACAUUUUGGCAGCAGGCCAGUGCCUCUACCAGGGUACCACGCAGAAUCUGGUGCCCUAUCUGAAAGGAGCUGGUGUACCCUGUCCGAUUUACCACAAUCCUGCUGAUUACGUAAUCGAAUUAGCAUGUGGCGAGUAUGGCGACGACAAAAUUCAGAUCCUGACAUCAAAGGCUGAGAACGGCAGAUCCUUAGACUGGUUUGAAGAGCCUGAGACGAUCCCCACGAUGGAAGCCCUCAGGAAGAUGUGUCCCCUUAGCGUGCUGAGGGAUCAAGACACAGGUCCCGCGGACGAGGAGACCUCGCAAUCCAACCAAAGAUCUGUACUUAUCAAAAGAGGAUUCUUGAAAGCCAAACGAGAUUCUACGAUGACCCAUCUGCGAAUAAUUGUGAACGUGGUGGUCGGCAUCAUGCUGGGGAUGCUCUUCAUAGACGCCGGCAACGAAGGCUCCCGGGUCAUUGAGAACUACAACCUUCUAUUCGCCAUCCUUAUGCACCACAUGAUGUCACCCAUGAUGCUGACUAUCCUCACUUUUCCAUCAGAGAUGUCUAUUUUAUCAAAAGAACAUUUCAACAGAUGGUAUUCGUUAGGAUCAUACUACAUAUCAAUAACGAUAGUGGAUUUGCCAAUAUCUAUCUUCGCCUGCGCAAUCUUUUCAGUGAUUGUAUACACGAUGUCGGCUCAACCACUGGACAUCGUGCGGUUUUCGAUGUUCUUUGUGAUCUCACUAUACACAGUCCUCGUGGCGCAGAGCUUCGGGCUUAUGAUCGGUGCUGCCUUUAGCGUUGUGAACGGCACAUUCUUGGGUCCAACAUUAUCAGUUCCCAUGAUGAUGUUCGCCGGUUUCGGAGUGACUUUGAAAGAUCUACCACCAUACCUGUACUGGGGCUCGUAUAUUUCGUAUUUACGCUACGGGCUCGAAGGUUUUGUAGGCGCUAUCUACGGACUCAACAGGGAUAUUCUAGACUGCAAGGCAGAGUACUGCCAUUACAAGUACCCCCAGCAGUUCCUGACUGAAGUGUCUAUGUCUCCCGACAUGUUCUGGUGGGACGUGCUGGCGCUCACCGUCACUGUCUUCGCGAUGAGGGUGGCCGCGUUCCUGCUCCUCAAAUGGAAGCUCAACGCUGUUCGAUAGAACCAUAGCUACGCUGUUUGGUCGAGACUGGUCCGAAACCAAUGAAUCGUAUUUGCUCUCAACAGUUGGCGCCAUUGUAGUGUAACCAGACCAGUGUAAGAUCAUAUCACUUACUAGUGGCUAAGAUAAUUGCGCCAACUAGUAGGUAGGAAGUAUAUUCCAAUAGCCUUCAUUACAAUAACUCUUCACCUUUCCAAUACUGAGUUACUGAGUGGUAAUAUCAUGGAUAUGUGGUUACUCGCACGUCAAAUGGAUAGCUCCAUAUUAAGAAUAGUUGAAGCAAUGGUUAGCAAAUAGAUUUUGUAAGUUAGUGAUCAGUCCUGAUUAUUGUAGGUUGUAAAUUCUGGUCAGAAAAAUAAGAAAGCGGUCGCUAGUCGAUAUUUUGUUGCAGCUUCAUAUUUGAAGCAGUCCCCUUAGGCAAAGUUACGUUUCGUGCUUGUUUUAAUUCCGAAGUCGUAAGACUUUACGACGUAACGUUCCUUUGUCUUGGGGAGAGCGGGUCACAUUCAGGGCCGUCUUUAACCAACUAGGGGNUACUAGGGGCCCUUGGCACGAAAGGAUCAAGGGGGGCCUUGUGAUUUGGAGCAGGGGACUCCAAACUACGGCCCGCGGGCCAUAUCCGGCCACUGCCAUCAAUCCGGCCCGCGACAGCUUAAGACUUAGCCUAUGUUUGCAUAGGUGGGCAGAAAAAUUAAAAUUGUUAUGGCCCUUGCAACAUACCGAAAAAAGUUUUAUGGCCCCAAGGCUUCAAAGCUUGGAGACCCCUGAUCUGGAGAAAGGUCUUCUAAGCAGAUGGGGGCCCCCUCGGUCGCAAGGCCCUGGGCACGUGCCCAAAGUGCCCAGUGGGAAAGAGGGGCAUGGUCAUAUUAUCAUCUUAUGGGAAAUUAUGUUUGUCAAAAUUCACAACAAAGUUUUAGCAUUCCAUACAAAUUGAUGGGGAAGAAGCAUUUAUCGGAAUUGAUGAGUUUUGGGAUUGGUGCCUAUUUGCCAAAACUAUAAGUCCAAAUUGCAAUGUAACUGUGAUACUUAACUGAAUUAAUAGUGUUAGGAAUACAACCCUAACAUUUUGGUUCAGUCUUAUAAAAAAACACUUAUGAACGGUCACAAGUACAGAAAAGAGUCAUUGGAUUUGCUUGCCAUAAAAAGAGUGAGGUGAUAGAAUUUAUAAAAUAUGAUAUUUAAAAACAAAUGAUAUUUGUAGAUGUUUGUGUUAAGCUUUUUAUAAAUCGUUUUUACAUCAAGCUCAAU